AUGGAACAGCUGCCUUUACCCACAAACCUCACUGAGGUCGAAGCACUGAUCCGGGCCCUCUACCAACCAAACCCUCCCGAUACCAUCUCCAAAAUCCAGGAGGUGCUGCACCGUCUGCAAAGGUCCUCUGAGGGGUGGCAACUAGCUCAGAGCCUGAUCGCCCAUCGCGAGGAUAACAUCAGGUUCUAUGCCGCCCUGACACUCAUCAUCAAGCUCAACAGAGACAGUUCUGGUCUGAGCGAAGAUGAUGCAAAGGGUCUUUUGGAGAAUAUCAUUGGCUGGACCAUCCAAUCGCUCGCCGAUGGGGCAGGCAAUUUUGUGAUCAAGAAGUUGUGUACCGCCCUCGUCACUUACUUCAUGCACUUCUCCCAUCUGUGGCCCAACUGCAUCCGCCACUUCAUCUACUGCCUUGAUCUAGGUCAAGGCACGCCGGUGGACAGCCUCGACAAUGCUCUUCCCACCGACGUUCUUGUCGGCAAGCUAGGCCCCCAGAAGCUGAAGGUGGCAAUAUGGUUCGCUACAUCGUUUGUCGAGGAGGUUGGCAAGACCGACAUGAACGCCCCCAAAUUUCUCCAAGUUCACGAUCGCCUCGUCAAAAAUGGUCCCGAUGUCACUGGUUUACUCGCCCGAGGCUUCUCCCUGCCCGAGGACAACCCCGAUCUCAAAACGCAAGGAGAGGCUCUCGGCUGCUUUCAGCUCGUGGGGCCUGCUAUCAACUGCUUCGCGGACAGAGACCUCUUCCACGCGACCGCCGAGCUUUUCAGCGACGCCCUUGGCAACUACUCGUCCUUCUUUACCGACGAGCACUACAACACGCUCGCCUCCCUUUUCGAGAGCCCCUGGGCUGCCGAGCACUACCAACACAUUCUCCACGGGAACCACGAGGAGGACGGCAUUUCCUUCGGCCUGGUCAUCUUAGCCUACGGAGACGCCAAAGUACAAGACCUCAUGCGUAGCACUGACAACCGCUCCCAGCGCUUCCUAGAGAGCUUGAGUGGACUCCUUGCCGCCGAUGGCUACCUCGUCGGCGAGGAUAGCAUAUUUGUCCCUGCUCUGGAGUUCUGGUCCACCUUCAUCGAGACCAUGAUUGAUAGUACCUACUCGGACGAGGAGGAGGCCCAGAACUGGAAGCCCUACGCCGAGCAACACCUGAAGGCCGUGGUGAUGAACUGCUGGCGCAAAAUCCAGUGGCCUUCGGCCGAGACCUUCGCCGAGUGGGACUCGACCGAACGUGUUGCUUUUGGUGACGCCAGGAAGGACGUCAGCGAUAUGCUGCAAUCCGUUUUCACUCUCGAGGGCUUGAGUCUCGUCUCUUUCUUUACCGAUCUAUUCCUUCGAGCUCUCGCUGCCCAGUCUUGGGCCGAGCUCGAGGCCUCCGCCUUCUGCCUUGGUGCUCUCUCCGAUUGUAUAUCGGAUGAGGCCAGAUUUGACCAGGAGCUAAACAAGGUCUUUUCUUCUCCCUUUUUUGAUCUCCUCGGCCAGGCCCAAGGCCUGAUUCCUCUACGUCUCCGCCAGACCGGGCUGGCGCUGAUUGAGCGGUAUUGUGAGUACUUUGAACGGAAUGCUCAGUAUUUGCCUAACGCUCUGAAUCUCCUCUUUGCUGCUGUCGGCGACUCCGUUCUUGGGGGGCCGUCGGCAAGGUCUAUCUCUACACUUUGCUCAUCGUGCCGCUCUAUUCUCACGAGCGAGGCCGGUGCCUUCAUCAGCCAUUACCAAACCAUUCGCAGCAGUCAAGUGCUCGACUCGUUGGCCGAAGAGAGGAUCGUCCUCGCGAUUGCAUCCAUUAUCCAGGCCAUCAAAGAUGAGAACCAGAGACUGGGCGUGUUUGAGGAGCUUUACAACAUACUCAAAAAAGACUUUGAGCUUGCUGUGCAACUCAAGGCAAACCCUGGACUCCUAAACCUCCAGAACCCGGAUUUUCUGAGAGGUCUUGAUGCACCGAACCCCCAGUCCGCGCCCCCGACAGAGGAAAUUGCUCUUCAGAUUGCGCUUAGGUCCAUGAGGUGCCUUGCUAGCAUUGCCAAGGGUAUGCAGGACGUCAAAGAGUCGCUAGUUGACCUGGACAGCGAACCACAGUCGCAGAACGCCAACAGCAGGCUCGCCGCUUUACAGGAGAAUAUUAUGCGGGUGUUGAUGGAAGUCCAACGAGUGUUUAACACGAGCGGCGAGGUGGUCGAGAUCAUCUGCAACAUCUUCCGCGCAGGCUUCUCCGAGACUGAGCCAGGGCCAUUCGUAUUCCCACCGAAUGUAGUUACAGACUACUUCGUCCAACAGCGGUUUGAAACGGCACGGGUAGGAACUAUACUCAGCACAGCCUGCUCGUUUGUGGGCAGCCUCUACCGCGGUCCCAAGGCCCACGUACCAGCGCAACUUGCCCGGCUCUUACCAUGGGUGGUUUCCAUCCUCCAGGCAUUGCCAGAACCCGAGGCCGACACGGAAAUCUCCCUGAACGGCAUCUCCAUUAUUGACAAAGUCAUGUCCAAAUACCCCGACGUGCUCUUCCACCCGCACCACGCCCACCUCCUCGAGUUCUUCUUCCUCUUCUCCAUCAAAGUCCUCGACGGCAACGAACCGCUUCCCAAGGGGGCAGCCGCCGAGCCAAUUUCAUCACCCUCGCCACCUCCCCCACCCUCACCACAACCUCCACCAACCCCCCCAGAUCCCAAUCUCAAAGCCACCAUCGCCAACGCCAUGACCCACCUCGGCCCGCUCAUCGCCGCCGCCCUGGUCCGCAACAUUGGCGGCCACGCCGCCCGCUCCGAACUCGACAAGCUGUGUGAGCCGCUCAAGAAGCUGGUCGGGAUGCACCCGGCCGCGCAGGGGUGGUUGCAGGGGGCGCUGUUUUUUGAGGGUGGUGUUGAAGGGGGUGUUGGGGGGGUUGGGAAUGGGAAUGGUGUGAAUGGUGGGAUGGGGGGGGAGGGGUUGGAUGGUGGGUUUCCCGGGGCGGAGAGGGUGGGGAGGGAGGAGAGGAUGGCGUUUUUGAGGAGGGUUGUUGCGUGA